AUGCAGUGGGUGCAAAGCGGCAAGAGGUUGAAGCUCGAUGCUUCAUCUCGGGCAACCCUCGCCCAAUUGGCAAAAAUGUCGUUUCGAGAGCUUUUGGCGUCCUCAAUCCUCGAGUCUUUGGACGCGCGAAGAGAGAACCAGGAGCUGAAAGCGGAGAUGCGGGCGCUUACCAAGCAUGUCGCCAUUCCCCUUACCAAAGAGAUCAAGUUUUCGGUGUUGAUCGUCGAUAUCAUGCGCCACCAGGCGGUUCAGGAUAUGCCUCCGCGGUCUCAAGCCCCCACCGCGUUGAUUGAAUGCAUCCGCGGCUACUACCGCCGGGUGAAGAGCAAAUUCUACAAGGCGCUUGAAAGUACUGUGGUGGGCCCCUCUUAUGGUCCGGACAUCAUUACGGCCUCCAAAGCCAUUGUGGAGGCGAGCAAAGUGAAGAACUUCAAGCAGUUCGCAUUUACUAGCCCUCUUUUCCCGUAUCGAGCUGGGGACGAAGUGUUGAACAGCGAGGAUGCGGCUGUGGGACUGAUGGAGACGUGGUCGACGGAAUGUUUACAGUGCCGUCAGCACAUCCUACUCCCCGGUUUGCGGAGACAUGUGGGCAAACACAUCAUGGCCGCAAUGCUUAGGCAGAAGGAGAAUCUGGAUAAGAGGGGCACUCCGGUCGACCCCCAGGGUUAUCCUUGCGGGUUCUGUGGCCAAUCUGGCAUCUGCAACAUCGACCUUGUCUAUAACAAAAACUCGAAAUACGGUUAA